AUGCAAGAGUCCAGGAGCCGUCCCGAGCCUGUCCCCCCGGCGGGGGCCCCUGUGGGCCGGGGGAUCGGAGGGAGGUACAGCGUCAUCCACCAGCAGGACUACACCACCACCAUGCUGUUCCGGCGGAGGGAGAAACUAGAGAGGUCUCAGCAGAAAUGCAUUGCGGUGUUCGGUCUGCUGUGCUGCUUCGCAGUGCUGAUUGCGCUCAUCUUCUCCUCGGUGGAUGUGUGGGGGGAGGACGAGGGCAUCACGGAGGAGAACUGCAGCUCCAAAUGUCGCAUAGUCCUAGUGGAGAACAUUCCAGAAGAGCUGGACCUGUCCCCUGUGGACGAGGGGACGCUACCUCUGACUGUGGGCCUGCACGGCCUGCUGAACGUGGCCAAGCGCUCGGUGGAGAUCGUCUCCCCUCGCUGGACCCUGACCUCCAGAGAGCAGCACGCCGACCACUUCUCCGCCAGUGAGGGCCAGCGUCUCUUUGAGAGGCUGCGCGGGCUGAAGGCGCGGCGGGUGAAGCUCAAGGUCGCCACCAGCCUGUCCGACUCUGCUGAGCUGACAACCCUCGCCGCUCACGGUGCGGAGGUGCGCUACGUGAAUACGACGGCCCUGACCAGGGGGCACCUGCGCUCCUCCUUCUGGGUGGUGGAUCGAAGGCACAUCUACAUCGGCAGCGCCAGCAUGGAUUGGAGGUCUCUCGCCAAGAUGAAAGAGCUGGGGGUGCUGCUGUACAACUGCAGCUGCCUGGCUCUGGACCUGCACAGGGUCUUCUCCUUCUACUGGCAGCUGCACUACAAGGACUACGUGCCCUCCAUCUGGUCCAAGCGCGUGACGGCCCUCUACAGCCGCGACGACCCGCUCCUGGUGCACCUCAACCACACGGACGCCAACGUCUACGUGUCUACCUCCCCGGACCUGUUCUGCCCUAAGGGCCGCACCAGAGACGUGGAGGCCAUCCACCGGGUGAUUCAGGAGGCCACUCGCUUUAUUUACGUGUCCGUCACAGACUACCUGCCCUUGGUGAACAGAUCCUCUCGAGGGCUGUACUGGUCAGCGAUCGACGAGGGCCUGCGAGAGGCGCUGGUCCUGAGGCGGGUGAGCGUGCGCCUGCUGGUCAGCCUCUGGGAGAGGACGCACCCGUACACGUUCAACUUCGUCUCGUCCCUGACCAGUCUCUGCCUGCAGCUGAUGGACUGUAACCUGGAAGUGAAAUUUUUCAGUGCCGAUGAAGGGCAACACAGAACUGACGAGGGACUCAACCAUAACAAGUACAUGGUGACUGACAACGCGUUAUAUAUAGGAAACCUGGACUGGGUGGGGAAUGAUUUUGCCUUCAACGCAGGGACAGGGCUUGUGAUCAAGCCCAUCGAUGAUCAUCUGGACAGCGGACCCUCCAUUCUGGACCAGAUGAAGGCGGCCUUUGAGAGGGACUGGUUCUCGCAGUACGCCAAGAGCCUAAAGGAAGUCACGACCCAAACCGGUCGUGCAUUAAAGGCAGCCACGCUCUCACGGGGCGAGAGAGGGACGGACACCAGAGAGAGAGCUGGAGAGUGA